AAAAGAUUACAUCCACGUCCACUCUCUCUCUACCAGUGGUUCAGUGUGUGUAGGGUCUCUCUGUAGUAAGCCUGGUCUCUUUUGAUCUUGAGUAUUUGGUAGCCUGUACAGUAGUGCGCUGUUAUUAAAGCCUGUGUAUCUGACUUGCGGGGCUUCAGUUGGUCAGUUCUCUGAUGGAGGGAGAGGUAACGAAGAGAAGGAGGAAGGACCAGAUGGUGAAUCUGGUGGUUGUGUGUUUGCUCCAGUCUGCUGCGGCCAGUCUUAUCACCGCGGAGUUGUUUGAAGUCAGAGGCCAGCGUGUGUGUAGGGUGGAUCGGGGCCGGCCCUGCUAUAAGCUGGCGUAUUUUUCUGACCCUGGACGGCGGCUCAGCUUCCUGGAGGCAAAGCUAGCGUGUCGCCGUGACGGAGGGGAGCUGCUGAGCGUUGAGUCACCGGCCGAGCAGCGAAUCAUAGAGCAGCUAGUCACAGAGCUCCGUCCUUCCGACGGAGACUUCUGGAUUGGCCUACGUCGUAACCAUGGUGACACGGAAAACGUCGACGACUGUCCCUCACAGUACUACUGGACCGACGGGAGCCACGCCUCCUUCAGGAACUGGCACUGGGACGAGCCAUCCUGUGGUUACGAGGUGUGUGUGGUGAUGUACCACCAACCGUCCGCCCCGCCCGGCCUCGGAGGACUCUACAUGUUCCAAUGGAACGAUGAUAACUGUGACACCAAGAACAAUUUCAUCUGCAAGUACACUGCAGAGAAGGCUCCUGAACCCUCCCCCAACACUGCACACCCAGAGGCUCCUCCCCUGUCUCUGUCACCCCUGCCCACGACCUUUGACACUGAAGAGAAGAGACAGACCCCAGCUCUGGUUUACAUGGUUCUGCCCACCAUCCCGUUGUUGAUGGUGUUACUAAUAGCAACUGCCGUCUUCUGCUUCAAGCUGCUGGCUCGACGAAGGAAGCGCCGUGAGCAGCAGACAGAGGUGUGUCCUAGCGACCCAGGGUCCCGUCCAAGCCAAGCCCAGCCGCCUGACGUCUACAACGUGAUUCGCUCCCAGCAGGAGGCCGACCUGGCUGGGACACGCCCCCACACCAAGAACACUUCCUUCUUAGGCUCCUCCCCCGACAUGUCCCCUGGCGACUAUGACAACAUGGGAGGCCUGCGAGACACGGAGAGUGGUUUCGUCACGCUGGCCAGCACAGAGAGCAACUUCCUGUUGACCUCUGAACUCUACGACCUUAGUCUGGGGCGACGCCAAGACAACUCAGACAUUUACCGCAAGAGUCUGGAUCGGCAAGGCAACGGAGAGGUUUAUAACAACAGUCUGGGUCGUCAUGGCAACAGAGAGACGAGCGAUAACGGUCUGGGUUGUCAUGGCAAUGGAGGGACGUACAACAACAGACUGGUUCAUGGCUGCGUGGUGAAGAGCAGUGAGCUGUACAACACUAGUCACUAUAGAGACAGUCUUUACCAAACCAGCCUGGAUCGCUAUGGUAACCCUGAACAUCACGAGAGAAGCCUGGGUCGUCAUGGGAACGAUGCCAGUGUAGAUUGCUACGGGAAGGAAGCCACUGUGGGUUACUAUGGAAACGAGGGCAGUCUGGGUGGGAAGUGCUACAAAGAGUGGUUGGACAGUGACAGCAACUGACAGCUACUGACAGUGACAGCUACUGACAGUGACAGCUACUGACAGUGACAGCUACUGACAGUGACACCUACUGACAGUGACAGCUACUGACAGUGGCAGCUACUGACAGCUACUGACAGUGACAGCUACUGAAAGUGGCAGCUACUGACAGUGACACCUACUGACAGUGACAGCUACUGACAGUGACAGCUACUGACGGUGACAGCUACUGACACCUACUGACAGCUACUGACAGUGACAUCUACUGACGGUGACAGCUACUGACACCUACUGACACCUACUGACAGUGACAACUACUGACAGUGGCACCUACUGACAGUGACACCUACUGACAGUGACAGCUACUGACAGUGACAGCUACUGACUGUAAAAGCUACUGACAGUGACAGCUACUGACUGUAACAGCUACUGACUGUAACAGCUACUGACAGUAACAGCUACUGACUGUAACACCUACUGACUGUAACAGCUACUGACUGUAACAGCUACUGACAGUGACAGCUACUGACUGUAACACCUACUGACUGUAACAGCUACUGACUGUAACACCUACUGACUGUAACAGCUACUGACUGUAACACCUACUGACUGUAACAGCUACUGACUGUAACAGCUACUGACUGUAACACCUACUGACUGUAACAGCUACUGACUGUAACAGCUACUGACAGUGACAGCUACUGACUGUAACACCUACUGACUGAAACAGCUACUGACUGUAACAGCUACUGACUGUAACACCUACUGACUGUAACAGCUACUGACUGUAACAGCUACGGACUGUAACACCUACUGACUGUAACACCUACUGACUGUAACACCUACUGACUGUAACACCUACUGACUGUAACAGCUACUGACUGUAACAC